ACGCACACACGCACACACGCACAUUCGAUCGCCAUGUCUGCCGCCGCGCCCCCCGAGAUCAGUACCACCUCCACCAAGACCCGGCGCCUGGCCGUCCUGGGCUUCCGAGCUGUUGGCAAAUCCUCCCUGACCAUCCGCUUCGUGGACAACCACUUUGUGGACUCCUACUAUCCGACCAUCGAGUCGACCUACACCAAGACCGUGCAGCGGCCGGUCCGCCACGCCCGGCGCGGUGCCCCGACCGAGGAGUCCUUCACCCUGGAGAUCACCGACACCGCUGGCCAGGAUGAGUACUCCAUCCUGUCGUCCAAGCACGCGGUGGGCAUCCACGGCUACGUGUUCGUGUACUCGAUCAAUCUGCAGUCCUCCUUCGAGAACUGCAAGACCCUGCGCGACAAGAUCCUCGAUGCCACCGGCACCGACUGGGUUCCCUGCGUGCUGGUCGGCAACAAGGCCGACCUGGUGGCCCAGAGACAGGUCACCCAGGAAGCGGCCGAGGAGCUGGCCAAGAGCUGGCGCUGCCCCUUCUUCGAGGCCUCGGCCAAGCAUGACGAGAAUAUCAACGAGAGCUUCUUCGCCCUGCUGGAUCUCAUCGAGGAGCAGAACAAUCCGCCCCCUCCGCCGGAGAAGUCCGGCCUUUGUAUUCUGGUCUGAGGGGGGCUGCUCCGCCUGGGAUGUCCGAGGGGACGUGGGAGGGGCCG